UCAUGGCUGCGGAUGUAUGGCUACCUACCUCAGGCCAGCAGACAGAUGUCCACCAUGCGGUCAGCUCACAUCCUUUCAAAUGCCGUCAGCGACAUGCAGCGUUUCUACGGCCUGGAGGUCACCGGCGCGAUGGACCAAGGCACGGUGACAGCCAUGCGGAGGCCGCGCUGCGGAGUCCCAGACAAGUUUGGGGGUCAGAUCAAGACCAACGUUCGGCGGAAACGUUAUGCACUCACUGGCCACAAAUGGAACAAGAGCCACCUCACCUACAGUAUACAGAACUACACACCAAAGAUCGGGGAGUACAACUCGUAUGAGGCCAUCCGGAGGGCCUUCAAGGUGUGGCAGAAGGUGACCCCGCUGACCUUCGAUGAGAUCCCCUACCAGGAGAUCAAAUAUGGCCGGAGGAAGGAGCCUGACAUCAUGAUCUUCUUUGCCUCGGGUUUCCAUGGAGACAGCUCACCUUUCGAUGGCGAGGGCGGGUUCCUUGCCCACGCCUACUUCCCUGGUCCUGGUAUGGGCGGUGAUACUCACUUUGACUCUGAUGAGCCAUGGACCAUCGGCAAUGGGAACUUGCAAGGUAAUGAUCUGUUCCUUGUUGCUGUACAUGAGCUGGGCCAUGCCCUGGGCCUGGAACACUCCAACAACCCAAUGGCCAUUAUGGCUCCUUUCUACCAGUGGAUGGAAACGGAUGACUUUCAUCUGCCCGAGGAUGACCUCAGAGGAAUACAACAGAUCUAUGGUCAGCCAGGCGGUACACCCACCCAGGCUCUUCCCACUGUCACUCCUCGCCGGCCAGCCCAGCCAGAACACUCACCCCCCAACUCUCCUCCCAACACUCCCCCCAGAUCUCCCCCUAACUCUCCCCCCAACGCCCCACCCCGGAGGCCAGAUAAGCCCCGCACGACUGACCGCCCGGACCACUACGGCCCCAACAUCUGUGAAGGGAACUUCGACACGGUCACCAUGCUCAGGGGAGAGAUGUUUGUGUUCAAGGGUCGCUGGUUCUGGCGGGUGCGGAGGAACAGGGUCCUGGACAACUACCCUAUGCCCAUUGGUCACUUCUGGAGGGGACUGCCUGGAGACAUCGAUGCAGCCUACGAGAGACACGAUGGGAAAUUCGUCUUCUUUAAAGGGAAUAAGUACUGGUUGUUCAGGGAGGCCAACCUGGAGCCUGGUUACCCCCAGGAGCUGACGGACUAUGGCAGGGACAUCCCCUAUGACAGGAUAGACACAGCCAUCUGGUGGGAACCAUCAGGUUUCACAUACUUUUUCAAAGGAGACUGGUACUGGCGCUUUAACGAACAGUCCCGUGCAGUCGACAAGGACUACCCCAAGCCAAUCAGUGUGUGGGGCUCUGCGGUCCCGUCCUCUCCCAAGGGGGCUUUCCUCAGCGAUGAUGGAGCUUAUACAUACUUCUACAAGGGAUCCAAAUACUGGAAGUUUGACAACCACCGGAUGAAGAGUGAGCCGGGCUACCCUAAAUCCAUCCUGAGGGACUUCAUGGGCUGCAGUGUGGACCUGGACCCAGAUAGAGACAGGGACACCGACGCAGGCCGAAAGGUCCCCGACGUGGAUCGCCCGCCCUUCAACCCUGACGCAGGCCGGGACAAAGACAAGGACAAGGAGAAGGACAAGGAGCGGGACCACACCAACGAUGUAGACUAUAAGGACGAGAGAGACGAGGAGACCAACGAGGUGGACGUGGUGCUGAAGAUCGACGAGAGUGAGACGCGCGCUAUGAACAUCAUCAUGGUGACAGUACCCCUGAUCCUGGUGCUGUGCAUCCUGGGACUGACCUACGCCAUCAUCAACACACUGAAGAGGAAAGGAGCUCCCAAACUGCUGGUCCACUGCAAACGCUCCAUGCAAGACUGGGUGUGACCUCUGACCCACUUAAUAACCCCCCCCCCCAACCUGAACCCUACCCUUGUUCUUCUAUAUUCUCAUCCAAAACAUGAUAGUAUAGACAUACGUGCAAAUACAUACAUACACGGAUUCAAAAACACACACACACACGCACGCACACACACACACACACACAGCAAACAUAAACACAUACUCCUAACUCCUCUCCCUCCCAUGGUGCUCUACCCAAUGAGUUGACUGUGGUCUGUUUAUUUCAGAAAGUUUGCACAUUGUUUUUUGUUUUUGUUUGGUUCAUAUUCUGUGUUUGUUUUCUAAACCAGGAAGUGUCUGCAUUAUUUUCUCUCUCUCCGCCCCGUUACAGAGGGUUUCUCUGAGAUAACUUCCAUCUGGUUCUUGGAUUAACCUUUGGAGAA